GCAACCCCCUUGGGCUUCCCAUCAUCAAAGAGCUAAAUUUUAAAACAAACAUAUUCAUUCAAUCACACAGUUCUCAUUAACUCUAAAAUAAUUUUAUGAGAACAAAAAUGUUCAUUUCUAUUAUUUUCUCCUCUCGGGUGAAGUUGCCGUUUGUUCAUGGAGUUCAGGCCUCCCGGGUCUAAUAGCACAUAAACCCACGCAGGCUCGCGGUAUGUUUUCAAAAGGUAUUUUGCUGGGUUUCUGCCAAACUAGCUUGGAAACCGCUGGCUUUCAGAAUCCCUCCUUUGGUUUUGGUGUUGAUAAAUCUGCACCAUACAGCUCCUUCUGGAAACCGCAGGUGCUUAAGAGAGCACCCACCGAGGAAGGGGGGUAAUGCACCAUCCCGGGACCACCGCAGGCCCCAGACCGGCGCAGCCUUCCGUCGAGGGGCCGCGCGGGGCGAGCCUCGCCCACUACCUACGCCCCGGCCCACUAAGCCCCGGGCUCCCGGAGCCGGCAGGGGAAGCCCCGGCCCCCUGGGGUCCAUUCCCCAGGAGGAGGCGGGAUGGCGGCAGGCUGGCGCAACCGGCUGAGUCACCCACCGGAAGAGCUGCCCCAAAUUAAAGCGAUCCGACGGCAUUCGCCAAGCUGGAGCAGCAGCAGCAGCAGCAGCCUGAGCAGCAGGAUCAAACUCCAGGCCUUUCCUCAUGGAUGACCUCUGUGAAGCAAAUGGCACUUUCGCCAUCAACUUGUUUAAAAUGUUGGGGGAAGAGAACCACUCAGGAAACAUGUUCUUCUCUCCGCUGAGCAUCUCGUCUGCCCUGGCCAUGGUCUUUCUGGGGGCCAAAGGUAACACCGCUACCCAGAUGUCCGAGGCCCUUUGCUUGGGUAAAGGUGGAGAUGUUCAUCGGGGCUUCCAGUCUCUCCUCACAGCGGUUAACAAAGCCGAUGUCCAGUAUGUGCUCACGACUGCCAACAGACUCUUUGGAGAAAAGACGUGCGAUUUCCUUCCCGCUUUUAAGGACUCCUGUCUGGAGUUCUACCACUCGGAGCUGGAGGAGCUGCCUUUCGGUGAGGACGCCGAGGGCUGCAGGAAGCGCAUCAACGACUGGGUGGCCCAGAAGACAGAGGGAAAGAUUUCGGAGAUCCUGGGUGCUGGGAGUGUCGGCCCCUUGACUAAGCUAGUGCUCGUGAAUGCUAUUUAUUUCAAAGGAAAGUGGGACCAGCCAUUUGACAGAAAGCACACCAGGGGGAUGCCCUUUAAAACCAGCCAGGGACAAAAGACAGUGCAGAUGAUGUUCAGGCAAGCUCUGUUUAACCUGGGCUACCUGGACGAGGUGCGCGCCCAGGUCUUGGAACUGCCCUACGCGGGGGAGGAGCUGAGCAUGGUCAUCUUGCUCCCGGAUGACGAUGCUGGUCUCCAUGAGGUGGAAAAAGCACUGACCUAUGAGAAGUUGCGAGCCUGGACAGACCCAGGGAAGAUGACCGAGGAUAAAGUUCAGGUUUUCCUUCCUCGACUGAAGCUGGAAGAGAGUUAUGACCUGGAGUCUGUUCUUCAGAGUUUGGGGAUGAGAGAUGCGUUUGAGGAAGUCAGGGCAGACUUCUCCGGAAUGUCGGCCAAGAAGAACGUGCCGGUGUCCAAGGUUGCACACAAGUGCUUUGUGGAAGUGAACGAGGAGGGCACUGAGGCGGCCGCUGCCACGGCCGUGGUCAGGAACUCUCGGUGCUGCAAAAUGGAACCCAGAUUCUGCGCGGACCACCCCUUCCUUUUCUUCAUCAGGCACCACAAGACCAACAACAUUUUGUUCUGUGGUAGAUUCUCUUCUCCAUGAAGAGCUGCAGCGCUGUGUAUACAUUCCUUUCCCUCCUGCCCGCCUCGCCCUCGCUAAGCCUCCAUGGGGCCCAGUUAUCCCAGGAGUUGAAGGCCACAAUAAAGUGUCAGCUCUUGG